GUCCAUUACUCGGCCUAUUAGAGACUGAUCGGUGAUGCGUGUUGCCGAUCUUAUUUCCCUUUUAUCCACUCUUUCUCUCUCCGAAUCAGGCCGAGGUGAAGGGAAUUAAAUCCAAAACCAGCAACCACCCCUGGUAUUCUUCACAAAUUAAUCGGAAAACCUGGAGCUGGUAGUUGGAUUCUUGAGUUUUCCGCCCUCAUCUGCGAUCUUAUAAAGUGUGUUUCAACUGUUUCUUCCCUCGAUUUCACCCAGAAACCGUUCAGUAAAUCUAAGGAUAGCUCGAUCAGAGACGAAUGGAAUCAAGGCGCUAAGAAUCUGCAGUACUUUGCAUCGAUCUUCCUUCUCGAGACUCAUUAUGAGGUUUUGCAAAUCUGAUGUCGAAAACUUCGAAGUUUAAUCUGAUUUCGAUCGGCUAAACAAGCGCUUGAAGACUUUGGUAGUCAAAAUUCCUUUGUUACUCGAGAUCCAGAUAUCGUAAAAGGACCAAUGUCUCUCUUGCCGAAGUUACGCUGCAUUACUAUAGAUGUCACGGGUACUUUAAUAGCAUACAAAGGGGAGCUUGGAGAUUACUACUGCAUGGCAGCUAAAGCCGUAGGUUUGCCAUGCCCUGACUAUGGACGGAUGCACGAGGGCUUUAAGAUAGCAUACACAAACAUGGCCAAACUUCAUCCUUGUUUUGGGCAUACAACAAAAAUGCCUAAUGUUGAUUGGUGGAGGGCAUGCGUGAAGGAUUCCUUUAAUAAGGCUGGUUAUGAUUACGAUGAUGAGACAUUCGAGAAGGUAUUCAGGCGCAUAUACUCAACUUUUGGUUCUUCAGCUCCUUACAGCGUGUUUCCAGAUUCUCAGCCAUUCAUGAGAUGGGCGCGUAAGAAUGGCCUCAUUGUCGGCGUUGUUAGUAAUGCCGAGUACAGAUAUCAGGAUGUCGUUCUUCCAGCCUUGGGUUUGAAUAAGGGAUCGGAGUGGGACUUUGGGGUUUUCUCCGGCCUCGUCGGCAUCGAAAAGCCAGAUCCAAAAAUAUACCAAAUCGCGCUCGAGAUGGCCGGAAACUUGCCGCCCGAGGAGGUUCUUCACGUCGGCGACAGCUUCCGAAAAGAUUAUCUUCCCGCUCGCAGUGUGGGCAUGAGUGCUGUUCUGCUGGACAGAUUCAAGACACCUGAUGCAGAGGGCUGGAGGCAGUCGGGAGCUCCGGUGUUCCCAGAUCUUGUGGCUGUUCAGAAUUGGCUCACAAAGGCGGAAGAAAUUUUGGCUGGUCAGCGAGCUUGAUGAUGAUGAUGAUGAGAAUUGAGAGGUGAUGAUUUUUAGUCCCAAUAAAUGUGGCUAUCAAGCUCAGAAUUUAGUUAGAUGAAUUGCAAGGAUUGUGUUCUUUGCAGUGUUUGUAAAGUUUGGAUUACUGCAAAUUUCAUUUCAUAAAUUUGGAGUAGGGGUAUAUCGAUAAAUAAUUUACUUUUGGGGCAUUUACAUGCAUACCAUCC